AUGUCAUACAAGACCUUGCAGAGCAACCCAACAGAAGCAGCCCUUGAAACCUGGAGACCCAGCUUGUUCACAGGAAAGCAGGAUGGAAACUACCUGAUUCUAGGAUAUUCAGCGAUUGAUACGAAAAUCAUUGUCUUGGCUAUAAUCUUGUUGUUUUUGUGCCUGGUGGCAGUGGUGGGCAAUGGCAUUAUCACUGCAACACUUGGCAUGAACUGGCUGCUUCAGAGAACAUUGUCGCCUUGUGAUAAGUUAUUGGUCAGCCUUGGGGCCUCCCGGUUCUUCCUGCAGUGGGUAGUGUUAUGCAGGAAUAUUUACGUUUUCCUGCAUCCGACAGUCUUCCCAUACAACAAUGUACUGCGGUUCCUAGCCAUCUACUGGGACUUCCUGAGUGCUGUCACCUUAUGGUUCUCGACCUGGCUCAGUGUCUUCUAUUGCGUGAAGAUCACCACCUUCACCCAUCCCGUCUUCCUCUGGCUAAAGCACAGGGUGUCUAGGUGGGUACCGUGGAUGCUGCUCAGCUCUGUGGGGUUUUCUGCCCUGAGUACCGUCCUACUUUUCAUGGGUAAUCAGAGUAUAUAUCAGAACUAUUUAAGGACGGAUGGACAAUCUUGGAACGUCACUGGGAAUAACAUGAGGAGCUCGUGUGAGAAAUUCUAUCUGUUCCCUAUAAAAGCGAUUACUUGGCUAGUCCCUACUCUUAUCUUUCUCAUUUGCAUGGUUUUGCUCCUCACAUCUCUUGGAAGACACACAAAGAAGGUCCUCUUGAGUCUCUCAGGAUCCCAAGACCCCAGUGCCCAGGCCCACAUCAAAGCUCUCCUGGCUCUCAUCUCCUUUGCCAUCCUCUUCACCUCCUAUUCUCUGUCAAUGAUGCUCACUGCUGCAGGCAUUUUUCCGUCUCAGGAGUUUAGGUACUGGGUGUGGCAGGUGCUGAUUUAUCUGUGCGCAGCGGUCCACCCUUUCAUUCUGCUUUGCACCAACCAUAAGCUGAAAGCUGUGCUGGAGAAGGGUUGCUGCUCAAGGAAUGAGGCCUCUGGGGCUGCAGCUGAUGAUCACCUCUGAGGCAGGGGAGCAGCCAGGUAGACAGCUGCUGUCACGGACAUGCCUUCAGCAAGAGCGUAUCUGCUACGGCCGCAUUCCUGUGGGACCUGACGUGGUCAAAGAACUGGGGAACUUGUUUUCCUUGUGAUUCAUCACCUAAAAUUACUCUCCUGAAACCUGGGUGAAAAGAUCCUGAUAUAUCGUGCAACGUUUCCUCUGUUGAAUCGGACUAUAGAAGAUUUUUGGAGCCUCAGCUUUCCCCUGGCUUUCUCCUGCGAACCACCAUUCCUUUUUCAUCAUUGCACAGUCUUCUGGCCAUCUACAUGGUGGAGAUCUCUUUCCUUCCUGGUGGACUUGGUUCCUGGUAUCCAAAUUCUCUGCAUAGGGCAAUGAUGUAGUCUGUGCAUGUGUGGCAGUAGGUAUUGUCUGGGGUUUGUAUAUUCUGACAGCCUUCCGAGAUUCCUCUGGGUGCUGGAGGCUAUGAUUUAUAUGUUGUUUGUGUUCUCUACAAUAACCUGGCCUGUUGGUUUGUUCUGGAAUGUUAAGGUCCAUAGGUACAGAUGCAACUUCUUUAAUGUCAAUAUUGGGACCUACUGCAAUUUUUGUCAUGGUCAAGGUCACCUGUCUGAAAUAUCACAUUGAAAAAGAAACAGACUGCUGGUUUGAAUGAGUGAACUACUUUUCUCAGCUCUCUUCAGAACUUCUUUAGGCUCAGCUACCCCUCAAAGCAUGCAGACUGAGACUACUCAAAUCCUGCUAUUCCGUCUAACAUCUGUCAGCCUCCUUUCCUGUUUUCCACCUCUUGGCAUCAGUAGACAGAUCCCUGCUUUUGGCUUGUCAAGGCUGAUGUACUUGUGCUCCUAAAACCCCAUCCCUUCCUGCCCACUCUCUAUUUCCAAAUUCAGGAAAAGAUUUCCACUUCUACACAGUCUCAAUUCAGGUCUACUGUGUGGAUGGCAGGAGCUCAAUUACUUGGGACAUUACUGCUGCCUCCAAGGGUUUGUGCUGGCAGGGAGCUGGAGUCAGAAGAUGGAGCUGGGAAUCCAACCUGAGUACUCCAAUACGGGACGUGCGUAUUUUAACCUCCUCCUUUCUAGUUGUUAAAGGAGCAUCUACAUGGCACCCUUCAGUGAAGACUCUGGAUCUUUCUAAAGCUCAGCUCUUUCUCACAUUUGAGGCCAUGUAAUUUGGGGUUCUCCAGUUGUGGCCCAAAUUCUUGUGCUAGUGCACGCUUGUCUUCUCUUCCUUAGGAGAUUUCAAACUUCCUAAAGGCAUGGCUGCCUCCCACUCUUCAUGAAUCCUCCACUACACUUACAAGUAGUCGUUGCAUUGAGCAGAGUUGCCCUAUUGCAAGUGGAGUCCAGCGGUAAGCACGUGUGCUUCCGUCUGUGUAUUUCUGUCCAGGCCACCCGCCACAUGUUCACACCUGUGUUUAAGUGGCG